UUUGUGAGUGUUUUAGGGCUUUGGCUGUAAUAAUUAGGGGGCUGAGGACAGAAGAGGAGAGGAGAGGAGAGGAGGCAACCAAACCAAUGGCAGAUUCCAAGAAGGCGGGGGACCUCGAAGAUGUCCUCAAACCCUUCUACCGGAGGGCCUCCGAGGCCGAGGACCGGUUAUCAAGACUCGAAGCUGCUCUUGCAAGAGAGAGAAGUGCUGCUAAUGAGGAUCAUUUGAGAAAGAUAAGUCAACUCGAAUCAGAACUGGAACUUGCAAAGUCUGAGCUCGUUUUGCAACAAGAGAAGACACAAACACUCUCUGGAGAAGCACAAAAGCUUGCCCAGGAGAAUGCGAAACUCCAGUAUCGGAUAGAGCAUCUUGUCCGGGCUUUUAAAGAGGCCGAUCGAAGGUUAGAGGGCCAGUGAGAUUUCUUUCUCUUCCCUAAAGCACCUCCACACCAUUAGCAGCAGGGCAAUCUUAUCAUUUUCUGAUUACAAAAGUUUUUGGAGGUGACGGAAGGUUUUGAUUUUACCGUAGACUGAUUCAAAGAAAUCGAAUUCUUGUAAUUACAUUCUUGCCCACCUGAUCAGUUGCCAUAUUAGUCAAAGAUUGACUUAGUUGUGCCUUCAUAUAGUGCAGUGUUCUUCCAUUAUGAGAUUCUCGUGUGUGCUCGAUGUCUUUGGGACAUAUACCUGAUUGAAACGAGUGAGAAUUCUGCAGA